AUGAGGCAGGUGUCUGGAUUGGGGUUCCUCCUGGGGAUUGUGUGUCUCCCAGCGGCGCUGGGACAGAGGAGCUCGGAGAGCCCUGUAAAUGACAGCCAGCCUCAAAGCUUUGCCAUCGUCUCUUUCAAAUGGGAUCACGUCAAGGACCCCUAUGUCAUUACACUCUGGAUACUUGUGGCCAGCUUGGCCAAAAUCGUUUUCCACUUGUCCCACAAAGUCACUCGGGUGGUUCCAGAGAGCGCUCUACUGAUUGUUCUUGGUCUUUUUCUUGGUGGCAUUGUAUGGGCAGCAGAUCAUAUUGCUUCCUUCACCCUUACACCAAUUGUAUUUUUCUUCUAUCUGCUACCACCCAUUGUAUUGGAUGCUGGAUAUUUCAUGCCAAAUAGAUUGUUCUUUGGAAAUCUUGGUUCCAUCCUUUUGUAUGCUGUCAUUGGCACAGUCUGGAAUGCUGCCACAACUGGUUUAUCUCUCUAUGGUGUCUAUCAGACAGGAAUAAUGGGCCACCUAGACAUUGGACUGCUGGACUUCCUCCUGUUUGGCAGCUUAAUUGCUGCUGUGGAUCCUGUAGCGGUUCUUGCAGUGUUUGAAGAAGUCCAUGUCAAUGAAGUUCUGUUCAUCAUUGUUUUUGGAGAAUCACUUCUGAAUGAUGCUGUAACUGUGGUGCUGUACAAUGUGUUUGAAUCUUUUGUUAAUAUAGGUCAAGAGAAUGUGACGGGGAUUGAAUGUGUCAAAGGCAUAGUGUCAUUCUUUGUGGUUAGCCUGGGUGGGACACUGGUUGGCAUUUUCUUUGCCUUCCUGCUCUCAUUGGUCAGUCGUUUCACCAAGCACGUGAGAAUCAUUGAACCUGGAUUUGUGUUUAUCAUUUCCUAUCUGUCCUACCUCACAGCUGAGAUGCUCUCGCUUUCUCCUAUCCUUGCGAUAACUUUCUGUGGCAUCUGCUGUCAGAAAUAUGUCAAGGCUAACAUAUCCGAACAAUCUUCUACAACUGUAAGAUACACCAUGAAGAUGAUGGCCAGUGGUGCAGAAACUAUUAUCUUCAUGUUCCUGGGAAUUUCAGCUGUAAAUCCAAAAAUCUGGACUUGGAAUACAGCAUUUAUUCUAUUGACUCUGGUUUUCAUCUCAUUAUACAGAAUUAUUGGUGUAGUUUUACAGACAUGGAUUCUUAACCACUACAGAAUGGUCCAGUUGGAGAUAAUAGACCAGGUGGUGAUGUCAUAUGGUGGACUACGUGGAGCGGUUGCUUUUGCUCUGGUUGUACUUCUGGAUGAGAAUAAAGUGAAAGAGAAAAACCUGUUUGUCAGCACAACUAUCAUUGUUGUGUUUUUUACUGUUAUUUUUCAGGGACUGACUAUCAAACCUUUGGUACAGUGGCUGAAAGUGAAGAAAACUGAACACAGAGAUCCAAAACUGAAUGAGAAACUUCAUGGCAGAGCCUUUGAUCACAUUCUUUCUGCUGUAGAAGACAUUUCCGGACAAAUAGGACAUAACUAUCUGAGAGACAAGUGGUCCAAUUUUGAUAGGAAGCUCCUCAGUAAAGUACUGAUGAGAAGAUCUGCUCAAAAAUCAAGAGACCAGAUCCUUAAUGUUUUCCAUGAACUCAACUUGAAGGAUGCAAUCAGCUAUGUAGCUGAGGGAGAACGUAGAGGUUCCUUAGCAUUUAUACGUUCUCCAAGUACAGACAACAUGGUAAAUGUGGAUUUCAGCACCCCACGCCCAAGUACUGUGGAAACAUCUGUCUCUUAUUUACUGAGAGAAAAAGCUGGACCAGUUUGCCUUGACAUGCAAGCUUUAGAGCAGAGGAGGAAAAGUAUCCGGGACACAGAAGACACAGUUGCUCAUCACACUCUACAACAGUACCUGUAUAAACCCAGGCAGGAGCACAAACAUCUGUACAGUCGACAUGAGAUCAUGCACAAUGAAGAUGAGAAACAAGACAAGGAGAUUUUCCACAGGACAAUGAGGAAGCGCUUAGAAUCUUUCAAGAGUACCAAACUAGGAAUAAACCAUUCCAAGAAGCUCAAUAAAAUCCACAAGCGAGACCGGGGCCAAAAAAGGCGAAACAGCAGUAUCAUACCGAAUGGAAAAAUACCUUCAGAGAAUCAAGUACAAGACUUUACCUUGAAGGAAAAAGAUUUGGAGUUUUCUGAAUCAGAAGAAAAUAAUGAUUAUGAAACUUUGCAUCGAGGCAAAGGAGCUGAUUUCCUGGCUAAUGUGACAAAGCAAAAUUUCACAGAUAAUCCUACCGGAAUUGAUAACCCAGUAUUUUCAGCUGAUGAUGAUCAGAGCAUCUAUAUGAAGUUCUCACCAUGGUUAUCUGGUGAAGAUACUGUGGUACCAUCCCAAAGGGCUCGAGUGCAGAUCCCAUAUUCUCCAAACAACUUCAGAAGGCUCACUCCAUUCCGGCUCAGCAAUAAAUCAAUAGAUUCCUUCCUGCUAGCAGAUGACCCAGAGGACCAACCCAGAUCUUUUCUCCCAGAAUCAACACAUAUGUAA